AUGGAAAGUCAGAGAAAUAUCUCCGAAUUCAUUCUUUUGGGACUUUCUUACAACAAGAACGUACAAGCAUUUUGUUUCAUUCUUUUCUUAUUCUGUUAUGUUUCCCUGUUAGCAGGAAACCUUAUAAUCCUUGUUUCCAUUCUGAAUAGCUCUCUUUUUCACCAACCAAUGUACUAUUUCCUUAGUCAGUUAGCCAUUCUCGACAUAUGUUUUACAUCUAGUGUCACACCCAAACUGAUUGGCGAUCUGUUAUUGGAGAAGAAAUCCAUAAGCUAUGGCAAUUGCAUGUUACAAGUAUUCACCAUGCACUUCUUUGGUAGUAUUGAGAUCUUCAUUCUCACAGCCAUGGCCUUCGAUCGCUAUGUUGCCAUCUGCAAACCUCUCCACUACAUGAUUAUCAUGAACAGGACGAGAUGUAACCUUUUCGUCUUUGCUGCUUGGGCUGGUGGGGCUGCCCAUUCCUUUCCUCAAUUAGUUAUGGCAAUUCUGUUACCCUAUUGUGGUCCUAAUGAAAUCGAUCACUAUUUCUGUGAUAUCUUUCCUUUGCUAAAAGUAGCCUGUACUGAUACUUACAUCAUUGGUAUUCUUGUGCUUGUCAAUUCUGGUGUUGUUGUCUUGACUACCUGUGUCCUCCUGUUUGGGUCGUACAUUUUUAUAUUAUUCACCUUAAGAAAUCACUCCGCUGAGGGAAGACGCAAAGCACUGUCUACCUGUGGCUCUCAUAUUUCUGUGUUGAUCUUAUUUUUUGCUCCUGCAAUUUUUGCCUACCUUAGACCUCCCAGUACUUUCCCUGAGGAUAAAGUAUUAGCCUUAUUUUAUACAAUCAUUGCUCCUAUGUUCAAUCCCUUAAUCUAUACUUUGAGAAAUACAGAAAUGAAAAAUGCCAUGAGAAAAGUUUGGUGUCAAAGUUAUUUUCAAAGGAAACACACAAAGAAUUGA